CUUCUGGACCGGCGCAAAGGGCAAAGCCUUCGGUCUCGUCCCAGCCAGGCGGCCGUUGGUUGCCUCUCCGAGGCCGGGCAGGCGAUGGUUUCCCCUCGUCGCUGGCUCUCCUCCGAGCUCUUCGGCGCAUCCGUCCACGCCUGGGAGAUCUCUGACCAGUUGCUGCAGAUCCGUCAGGAUGUGGAGUCGUGCUACUUCGCGGCGCAGACCAUGAAGAUGAAGAUACAGACAUCCUUCUACGAACUCCCCACGGACUCCCACGCUUCGUUACGGGACUCUUUGCUGUCCCACAUCCAGAACUUGAAAGACCUGUCGCCGGUCAUCGUAACCCAGCUUGCUUUAGCAAUAGCAGACCUUGCCCUGCAAAUGGCGUCUUGGAAAGGCUGCGUACAAACACUGGUUGAAAAGUACAGCAACGACGUGACAUCGCUGCCCUUUCUGCUGGAAAUCCUCACGGUGCUGCCAGAAGAGGUUCACAGCCGAUCCUUGCGCAUCGGAGCCAACCGCCGGACUGAAAUCAUAGAAGAUCUGGCGUACUAUUCCAGCACGGUCAUCUCUCUGCUGAUGACGUGCGUGGAGAAAGCAGGCAAUGAUGAGAAGAUGCUCAUCAAAAUCUUCCGGUGCUUGGGGAGCUGGUUCAACCUGGGUGUCCUGGACAGCACCUUCAUGGCAAACAGCAAGUUACUGUCACUCCUCUUCGAGGUGCUGCAACAAGACAAGACAUCAUCAAACCUCCACGAAGCCGCUUCGGACUGCGUGUGCUCAGCCCUCUACGCCAUCGAGAACGUGGAGACGAACCUUCCCCUGGCCUUGCAGCUUUUCCAGGGCGUCCUCACUCUUGAGAGUGCCUAUCACAUGGCUGUAGCACGCGAGGACCUAGACAAGGUGCUCAAUUAUUGCCGUGUUUUCACCGAGCUGUGCGAGACGUUCCUGGAUAAAAUAGUUUGUACGCCAGGCCAAGGGCUAGGUGACCUGCGGACGCUGGAGCUGCUGCUGAUAUGCGCGGGUCACCCGCAGUACGAGGUGGUAGAAAUUUCAUUUAACUUCUGGUACAGACUGGGGGAGCACCUGUACAAGACAGACGAUGCCGUCAUCCACAGCAUCUUCAAAGCCUACAUCCAGCGCCUUCUCCACGCUCUGGCCAGGCACUGCCAGCUUGACUCAGACCACGAGGGUGUCCCGGAGGAGACGGACGACUUUGGGGAGUUCCGGAUGCGGGUCUCGGACCUGGUGAAAGACCUGAUCUUCCUGGUGGGAUCGGUGGAGUGUUUUGCUCAGCUUUAUGCGACUCUGAAGGACGGGAAUCCACCCUGGGAGGUGACGGAAGCUGUCCUCUUCAUCAUGGCCUCCAUAGCUAAGAGCGUUGACCAAGCCCCGGCCCCUCGUGGCCUUGCGCUGCGGGAGCGCGGGGGAGUCCGCUUCCCACCAGCCUGGCCCACGAGGUUCUUCCUCGCCCCGUGGCUCUACCGAGCUCGGCUUCUGCUCUUGCCUCCCGUGCGGGGUUAUUUGAUGAAAGGUCUGUGCGACAGGCGGCUGGCCUCGGCGGCGGCCAAGGCCAUCCACAAUAUCUGCUCGGUAUGCCGGGACCACAUGGCUCAGCACUUUAACGGGCUGCUGGAGAUAGCCCGUUCCCUCGACUCCUUCACGCUCUCUCCAGAGGCUGCCGUGGGGCUCCUGAAGGGGACAGCCUUGGUCCUCGCCAGGCUGCCCUUGGAGAAGAUAGCAGAAUGCCUCAGCGAACUCUGUGCCGUACAAGUGAUGGCGCUGAAGAAGCUGCUCUCUCAGGAGCCAAGCAAUGGCCUCUCCUCAGACCCUACUGUGCCCCUGGAUCGACUCGCUGUCAUAUUUAGACACACCAACCCCAUUGUAGAAAAUGGACAGAUCCAUCCGUGCCAAAAAGUCAUUCAGGAAGUACGUACGGAGGCUGCCGCCGAGAAACCCCGCUCGCAACGCCUUUGUGGGGACGCUGCGGUCCCGGGCUUGGAGCCGUCGUCGGAAAAAGCUCGCUCUCGGUUCGCGUGGGCAGGCAGGCGCGUCUCGUGGGCAGCCGCCAGGCAGCAGCUGGCGCUGGAAAGCGCUGCGGCGCUAUGCAUACCCACCUUCCAGCUCCUAGAGCAGCCCAACGGCCUUCAGAACCACCCGGACACCGUGGACGACCUCUUCCGACUAGCAGCC